UUUCAAAUAACUCUUCAGUGUUGAAGGCGUAUUUUCACUCUGACUUAAGCUCGAAUUUCCUUUGAACGAAAUAGUGGUUAGUUUACAGUUACGUCUAACUUUGAAAUUGGAUCAUGAUUAGAUAAGGAAAUAAAGAGAACUGAAUGAACUACCACAUAGAUACCGCCAUGCUACCUCGCUACAGUUUCUUCAGGAUUUGUCUUUCAUGUUGGUCUCCAUUGCCUUCCUGUGCUAGGGUACCAGCUGAGUGGUGGAAUAGGGGCUUCAGGGUUCCUAUGGUAACCUGCUCAAAGACCUGUGGAUUACGCUGGAUCACAGCUAUGCAUAGACAGUAUUGCACCUCAUCAGAAUCAGACACAGGAUUCAAAGUGGAAGAAAAUCCUUACUUUGAUAAAUACAAAGCAAAAUUAGAGUCACUCAAACAAUCAGAUCCACAAAAGUAUGCUGCCAAAAUAAAAGAAAUUGAGAAUAAAGAAAAAGAAAAAUUACAACAGAUGAAAAAAGACUUAUCUACACCUCCCAAAAUUGAUAAGGAAGCUUUGGAUGGGGAUGGAGAUGAUGAAAAGUUUAGUGGUUCCUGGCCCCCAAAGAGCCUAAAUGAAAUAAUGAAAGUCGAUUUAAUUAAAGACAAAACAGCUGCCAAAAUUGAACAGAUUUGGAACGAGCAUCAUGUAACCAAAGAUUGUAUAUUUGGUGUAAUACAGCAAGGUGAUUUUGAUGAUGUGAAGCUCAAGGCUAAACUGUGUCCUCUUUUUAUUUACCCCUUACCAAGAGGUGAUGGAUAUGAGUUUAUUCUUUCCCAGUUUGAUGGGAAUGUCAUCUACUUUACUCCCUUAGUUGUGUACCAGACACUGAAGGAGAACUCUCCUCCAUGUUUGACAGUCGCACACUUCACUGAAUUCAAAGAGGACAAAGGAAUAGUUUUAAUGGCUGGACAAUAUGAUGAGAAGAUAUUGACUAAGAAUGAGUCUUUGAAUUUAAUGAAGCAGAUGUCGAUAUACUAUGGGAAGUCCUCUACAGAUAAAUAUAAUGCUGUCAGAGUCUUCAAUCAUCUACCAGAAAAAUUCAAUCAUCUGGACUUAAUAGAAAAUUAUAAAUUCAUGAAGGAAGACUUGGAAGAAUAUUAUACAUGAUUGAGUUUUGUCAUUAAAAUAACACAUAAAUAACAUCAGA